AUGUUCGGCCCGUCCACGAGGAAUGAAUGGCUGUUCUGUGGGCCCUUACUCCUCCAGGCCUUGAUCGUUCCGGCUCUACAGAUUUACACGCUGGUGGAAUGGCAAGAAUGGGUGAAUCCCAACAUCACGCAAGUGUCAGUUGGAUACGUUGUCCCCAUCAAUCUGGUCAUCUUCGUCUUUACAUGUCUCUAUCUUGUGGUUCUGGCGUUUGAUGCCGUACACCACAAGAACAAUCUGCUCCUCUUCGCCAUUUGCGCGAGCAAUGUCUGCAUCACGGUCUUUUCGGGCCUCCAGCCCCGAUCGAUGAAGGAAGCGAUCGCAACUUUGCCAGAAGCGCGUGAUGCGAACCUGCAGCCAUUGGUGAAUGUGCACUUCGACUUUAUAGGCCGGGUGUAUCCCGCUCUGGUUGCCUGUCCGGUCGUGUUUGGCAUUUGCACGGCCUUGGUCUGGCCGUUUGCCUAUCGACUCCAUAAGGAUUAUGCCUGGGCCAUUUAUCGGACAAUUCAUGGGAACACCAGUAUCAAAAUUCGUUACAUCGCAUAUGAGGUCUAUCUGGUCCUCAUCAAAUCCAAGUUUUAUUUCAUCACCGUCUUCAUCAUCCAGUACGACCUGAUUGACGUGCACUUCCAGCAACCCGAGUUUGCACUCACACUGGCCAUUCUACCCGCUUCGUUCAUCAUGAUGGCCCUUGCUAUCUGGGCCGUCCGCAAGGAGUGGACCUUGGCCAUGAUCUUUGCAAUUCUCUCCCACGGUGCCCUCGCAGCCUACUUUGUCAGCCGCAUUGUCGUUUUGAAUGGUAACGGAGAACUCGCGAAUACCGCAGACAAGGCCAUGAUGCUGCUGUUCGCCUACGUCUCCUUGGUCCUGAUGAUUGGCACACUGUUCUGCGCCGCGGUAUGCGUAUACAACUUCAAUCAUGGUCUGAAAGAUCUAUUUGGAGGACUGAGCCUCGAGCGCGAUCAUGUUGACUUUGAGGCUCUGCCUCGUCGGUCUGAGCAAACACACUCGCAGUACUCGAGGCUGUCUCUCGGGAAAAAAAAUGGGAGGGAUGAAUGGUGA